AUGCCUACCGUUUCUGUGAAUAAGCAGCAGUUGUUUGAUCUGCUGGGCAAGAACUACACCAAUGAUGAGUUUGAUGAGUUGUGUUUCGAGUUCGGUAUUGAACUGGAUGAAGAUACCACUGAGGAAGCAUUGAAAACCGGUGAAGAACCAGAGCUAAAGAUUGAAAUUGGUGCCAACCGUUAUGAUCUGUUGUGUAUUGAAGGUAUUGCCCAAUCUUUGAACGAGUACCUUGGUAGAAGCUCCACUCCUACUUACAAGUUGACUGCGCCAACCACAAAGCUAUACAUAGAAAAGUCCACUGAGCAAGUUAGACCAUACGCAACUGCUGCGAUCCUAAGAAACUUCAAGUUCACAGAGAAGAACUACGCUUCUUUCAUCGCCCUGCAGGAUAAAUUGCACUCCAACUUGUGUAGAAACAGAUCGUUGGUUGCCAUCGGUACCCACAAUUUAGAUUCUAUUCAAGGACCAUUUUACUACAAGGGUCUAGCACCAAAGGAGAUUAACUUCAUUCCUCUAAACCAAACUAAGAAGUUCAAUGGUGAAGAAUUGAUUGAAUUUUACAAAACCCCAGAACAAAAGAACAACAUUGGUAGAUUUGUGCAUAUCAUUGAGAACUCACCAGUCUACCCAGUUAUCCUAGACUCCAACGAUGUCGUCUGCUCUUUGCCUCCAUUGAUCAACUCUGAACAUUCUAAGAUCAACUUGGAGACCAAGAACAUUUUCAUUGAAAUUACCGCCAAUGAUAAGACCAAGGCUGAGAUCGUUCUAAACCAAAUGGUAGCCAUGUUUUCUCGCUACUGUGACGAACCAUUUACCGUGGAACCAGUUGAAAUUGUCUCUGAACACAACGGUGAGUCCCGUAUGGCUCCUGAUUUCUCUGAGAGAAAGAUGGAUGUUUCCAUUCCAUACAUAAACUCAGCUCUAGGUCUGCAACAAACACCAGAAGAAAUCAUUCAAUGCAUAAAGAAGAUGUCUCUACAUGGUGAAGCAUCCAAGACAGACGAGGCUGUUUUACACGUCACUAUCCCAAUCACAAGACCAGAUGUCCUGCAUCCAUGUGACAUCAUGGAAGAUGCUGCCAUUGGUUAUGGUUACAACAACUUGCCAAAGGGUGAAAAGCUAUCAAAUGCUAACUUCAUUGCUUCUCCACUACCUAUUAACAAGAUUUCAGAUAUUUUCCGUGUGGCUUCUUCCCAAGCUUCAUGGUUAGAAGUUCUUCCACUAACUCUAUGUUCUCAUGACGAAAACUUCAAGUUUUUGAGACUAGAAGACGACGGUAAGCAAGUGGUAAAACUAGAGAACCCUAAGACACUUGAGUACCAGGUCGUUAGAACAACUUUACUACCAGGUAUACUGAAAACAGUUAAAGAAAACAGAAAGCACUCUUUACCUAUCAAGGUCUUCGAGACUGGUGAUGUAGUUUUCAAGAAUGAGGCUCUAGAGAGAAAGUCAUACAACGAGCGUCACUGGGGUGCUAUUUACGCCGGUAAGAACUCCGGUUUCGAAAUCAUUCAAGGUCUUCUAGGUAAGAUCAUGCAAACUUUCCGCACCCAGUGGGUUGCCGACUACGGUAAGGCUUCCACCGGCAGAGGUUACUGGAUUGAGCAAGAUGAUACCUUGGCUACAUACUUCCCAGGCAGAGGUGCCAAGAUCAUGUUCCGCAGCAAAGAAGGUGAGCAAGCUAAACAAAUCGGUCACUUGGGUGUCCUACAUCCAGAGGUCAUGAGCAACUUUGAGGUCCCAUACGCUGCAUCCUACGUUGAAUUGAACGCUGAAGUUUUCUUGUAA